AAGCAAGUCAACUACCUUUGAAAUCUCAAGGUUAUCUUAAUUCUAACCUAAACCUAAUAAAAAAGAAUCCAUAACCAUAACAUAAAAAAAAGAAAAAACAUAAUAAAAAAGAAUUAAAAAGCAUUUAGAAGGAGUAGAUCAUUCUACUCUCUUAUGUUAGAAGGUGCAAAAUCAAUAGGAGCGGGGGCUGCGACAAUUGCUUCAGCAGGGGCUGCUGUAGGUAUUGGUAAUGUUUUUAGUUCGUUGAUCCUAUCCGUGGCACGAAAUCCUUCAUUGGCCAAACAAUUAUUUGGUUAUGCAAUUUUGGGCUUUGCUCUAACUGAAGCUAUCGCCUUAUUUGCUUUAAUGAUGGCCUUUUUGAUUUCAUUCGUAUUUCGAAACUUAAAUUCAAAAUAAAGAAAAGCUUAAUAACCCUGAGGAUUUUCUUAGACUGCCUUGCACUUUUUCUUACUUUAACAAGGAAUUACCUUACCCUAACGAGUAAAAAGCAACCAAUCUUCUUGUCCAAUCAAUUCGAAACACCCCUCCUUAUCGUGACCCAUCUUGUUGCAAUGAGAACAAGGUCCAGCUACCUUGUCCAUGGAUUGGGAAGCGACAGAAGGUUUGUUGGCAUAAUAUCCUUAUGAUAAGAAGGCUUCUUCUUUAUUGAUAUGUGCGUUGUUUUACAUUGAAGGUUGAGAAGCUGAUGUCACUUA